AUGUCUCAACAAUCCGCUGUCAAAUCUACUAUCGUUUCUGGUGAAGAAACCGCCUGUGUCAACUCUGGUGUCAUUCCUCCUCCUUUUGCUGCUGGUUCUGCCGACCACGAUGGUGAUACCGUGAUGACUCCCUUGGGUUCUGAGGACGGUGCCUCUGAUUCUGAAGAAGGUUCUUCUGGUUCCGAUGCUGUCCGUUCUGGUUAUGAGGGUGCCAAUUCUCCUCGCAUCUAUUUGGGUAACUCUGGAGUCAGAGUGAACAACAACCUUGUGGCCACCGUGGAAAUGUUGCUGGCUUCUGCUGAGGAGGACCUCAACGCUAAGAAGGGCAACUACUAUGCCGCUCUAGGCCACUACUUGGGUGCUGAGCAAAUCCUCAAGGACCUCAAGGCUUCCACUGCUCCUGCGUCUAAGCCUCAUGACAAGAGAAGCACUCUGGUUCCCAGUAACCUACCUUUUCUCCAGCUUUGUUCUGAGGGUCCUCUGGUGAAGGCCAACCGCAAUGUGUUCGAUUUGGUGUAUGACUUCUGCCAGGAGUUUACCACAGUCCUGGAAGCACACUCUCUGUCCUUGGAUUCCUGCUGGGAACGUCUGUUGCCCACUUGUUUGAACAAGGAAGAACGUUCUUGGUUUGAGAACAAGCUCAAAGGCAAGGCCUACAACUGGAAGAAGGCCAAAAGUAUUCUUCUAGAUCACUAUGACAUGCCGUUCUGUAAGUUCCUGAACAUGGGUCGUGUCUGGUGCAUGAAACAAGGCAAAGGAGAAUCCGCUCAUUCUUUUGGUGCCAAGUUCCAAAAGUUCCACCGCCAGGCCUCAUUGGACGAUAGUGUUCAAUUGGUUCUCUGCUUCUGGUGGAAUCUGCAUCUGGAGUACGGGAAGCUUGUCUCAUUCCUUUGUCAGCCAACUAUGGCACCAAGAUGCCCUCAAAGAUUGAGGACAUCAUCUCGUUGGUGA